AGGAGAGUAUACGAUCGUAAUUAUCCGCUAGUCGUACGAAACAGAAAAAAAAUUCAAUAACGGAGCAGCGGGAAGACCACAGACGAAGCUAGCGCUUGACGUUAUUGAACCCACCAAUCCACCCCGCGAAACAACAAGUUGAACAACUUUCUUUCCGGUCCAUUGCAUCACUUCCAGUUCAGCAGUAGUUAAAGUUAGUACCACAUGUGGAGGGGUGGGGAGGGAGUCUCCGCAAUCGCCGAAAAGAAAAAAACAAACAUAAAACGAUGUGUAUAUUUUUUUGAGGAGGUCCAAAUAAAUAUAAUGAUCCUGAUUCCUGUCAUCGAUGAGUAUAUAAAGAAGGGGGGGUUGCACAUAAAGACAGAUGGGAGAAAUCUGACCCAGCUAUCCAACCAUUCUUUGAAUUGCGGUCACCGUUCGUGUUUUUCUUUGUCGUGUUCGUGUUCCUCUAGAACUGAAGAGCCCGUUUUAUUGCAGUUAUUACGAGUCGUUGAAAAGGGGGGGAGGGGGAGGACAUUGAGUAAGCCAGCGAGAAAAAGCGUACAGUGAGGAGAGGGGGGAGGGAGGAAACCAACGGCUAGCGUUGAGAGAGUGAGACUGACAACUGACAACUGACAAGCUGCGAUUUCCCCGCGGGAUUCCUCAAGGGGCACUAGAUCCGCACCCUAAAAUUGGGGGUCCGUUUGUUAAUCGGGGACACGAGUGCUGAUCCGGUUUCACUUCGGACGGUCAUGAGGUCAUACCGCUCCGACUUUCCGGUCUAUCCAUACAUUCAAGCCCGGGUCAUAGCCACGUGACAACUCUGUGGAGUUUUUGGCCCCAAACAACACGAGAUAAGGCUCGCUUCCUUGACAUUCCACAGCUUUCGACGGGAUCUGAUUGGUCGCUUCGCAUUCUACAAGUUUCUGCAGUUUUCGACGGGAUGUGAUUGGUUGAGACGUUUUGGCAGGUAAAGCCUGCUCAACCGCCAGACCGCCAGAUCGCAUAUAACGCCGGUGGGCAUCGGUCGUCAGUUUUUAUUAUUAUUUCCCCGUCCGUUCACUCGUACGUGGUAACAACUACGACAUGUCAGAAGGACGCACACUCAACCGGCCGAUUCAGAGUUGUUUCCAAUGUCGUAAGAGGAAGAUUAAAUGUAGGUUGAAGGAUGUCUAGGCCAGGGAUCUGACACUAGACUUUCAGGCAACCGUGCCCAUCCUUGCGCACCAUGCUUGUUGCGCGGAGAAGGAGACACAUGCCAUGAGGUGGAGAAAAUCAUUGCGAGGGCUAUGGGCCAUGGCGUAACAGUCGAAGCUGUCGACGAAGUUCUUAAUAGGGUAGUUGCUCUUGAGCAAAGCGUGUCCAGGUUGUCCAAAAUGAUGGCCAACAGUCCUUCCGAAGGUUCCGCCAUGAAUACCGAGUUCAUUCAUCAUCCUAACGGACACCAGAAGCGAUCUCUCGCUAACGGUAACACUAACGGUACUCAGGGAGUAGCAGGUUCCAAGCCUCAACAACCACAACCACCACAGCAACUGCCAACAGAGGAAGACGCAGCUAUGAUCCUCGCAGACCUCGCAAUGGGGAACCGCAUGAACAUCCGUCGCAGUUCUAUGCACAUGGAAGCCAAUUCGAAUCCAGGCAGAGCACCCAGAUCGUUCCCUGGCCUAGCCAACACGCCCAUGCAACUUCCGCAAUUACCAGGCACCAGCAAGCUUUUCCCACCCAAUGCGAAUGGAAUUUCAGAGGAACAUCCUCUUUCGCUUCUUGUACGACCCACGACGAGCGUUAUCCAUCAAAUUCUAUCCCAUCUUCCAGCUGAAGCCGAUGCGAGGGGUUUAGUUCGGUUCUAUUUUGAAAGAAUCGAAUGGUACACACGAAUCAUCCACUACCCCACAUUCUGCUACGAAACGAAGAUGCUCACUCGUCAAAUAUCCGACACAUCCGCAUCUUCCACCCCUGGAACGCCCUCCAUCUCUCUUCCGUUCCUAUCUACCUACUUCAUGGUUUUAUGCCUCUCGUACCAUUUCAUCGAACCUGAGAUGUGUAAAGCUUUGGAUACGACAUUUGAAGAAGCAGCAGAGAUGUCGAAGAAGAUGUAUAAUGCAGCACAGCUUUGUCUUUGGAUUGGGAAUCAUUUAGAGAAUCAUUCGUUGGAGUUUGUUCAGACGCUCAUACUUAUGGGGAUUUACCAACAGAACCUCGGUGAUUCUGAUUCACAUUGGGCGCUUUUGGGUUCUGCCAUCAAGAUCGCUCAAAACCUAGGCGUCGACCGGCUAGGCCACGAAUCUGACAAGAGAAUAUACCCAGCUCCGUGGAAGUCAGUCGUCAGAAGGGAAGUUGGAAGACGAGUUUGGUGGAAUUUGAUCCAUAACGAAUGGUCAAAUGCCGCCGCCCACAGCGGCGCUUACGCCAUCAUCCCCUCUCAAAACUACACAGGGCUCCCUCUCAACAUCAACGAUAUCGAUUUGGACGAGGAGGAGGAGGAGAGCGGCGGCGGCUCGAACAGACUCGUCCAACCAGCUCCUCAUAACCAAUACACCGAAAUGACCUACUCCCUAAUCCGAUUCCGAUUCGUUGAGAUCCACCGACAAAUCGUCGAUACUGUCGAGAAAAACCCGAUCCACCCAGGAGGAGCAGGAUGGAGGCCUAGUUUUAUUGCAGAAACGGACGCGAGAGUGUUGACGAUGUUGAAAGAACUCCCUGCGGCUUUUGCGUUACAGUCGGGGGAGAGGUCGGUUAUUAAAGGGUUGAAGAAUAUCGAGUAUACUGUGUCGCUUAUUACGGGAGAAGCCCUGAGGAUGAGGUUGCAUAGGCCGUUUUUAUUUAGGGGGUAUACGGAUGAUCGAUUUGCUGCGUCUAAGCAACAGUGUGUUGCGUCUGCGAGAGCUAUACUCAAGUAUCUCAAGAACGAUAUUGGCCAGACGACAGUUCUGCUCCGGAGGUGGUCUGUGAUGUUUUUCGGGUUUACGGCUUCCAUCGUGUUACUCGUGGAUUAUUGCCAACAACGAGCUAUCGGAGCUCUUCAAGAUAGCAGGAAGGAACUUCAAAGCGCGUUGAAUCUGUUCAAGACCGUUCAGGUUUCGUCCACGGCCGCUCAGAAUAUCGUUCCGUUGUUGGAAAGCAUGAUCGCCGCCGCCGAACACUACCUAGUAUCCAACAAACACUCUCACUCUGGCAGUUCUCGCCCAGGCCACGAUGACCAUGAUCUUUGGAGCGAAAUCGCAAAGGAAGCUAUCGCCAACGCAGGUGCCAAUGGGAAAAUUAGACCUCAACAUCUAGCUCCUUUACUUCCCUCCAUCCUAGUCCCGAACGUGAACGUGAAUGCAAAUGGACAGAACCCGACGUUGUCCCCGUCGGGGUUUUUGCAAUCUUUGGGGUUGCCCAAGGUGAAGCAGCAGCAGCAGCAGCAUAGUGGGAGGGAGAAUGCGAGAGAAAGGAACGUGAACGGGAAUGCGAAUGCGAAUGGGAACAUGAACGUGAAUGGAAAUGCCAACGCGAACGGGAUUGGCAAUGGGAACGAGGCACAUCAUCAUGGUCAUGCUCACGGUCAUACCAAUGGAAGAACGGCUGGAAGAACGGCUCCGGCUACCCAUUGGGAGGUGUAUUAAAAACCCUCCUCGCCAAAUUCAGCUUCCUUUUUUUUUUUUCAAAUCCGAAAACGACUGCGAAGAAAAAUCGAAAAAAACUCAAAGAAACAUACGGAAAAUCGGAGAAACGUGUUUGCUUUUUCUUCAACUUAUUUAUCGGAAAAAAACGUCUUUUCAACCACUACGGACACGGACACACACAUGCCAGAGGGGAGCGUUACGACCUUUUAAAUGCUUUCAUCGUGGACGAAAAAACGAACAAAAAGCAACAAAAAAACAUCGGGAAAAUAAUCAAAAACCGCGCCAUAAAAAACAUAUACUGAAGUAAAGGAUUGAUCUGGAUGUUGGACGGACAGACGUUUGGACAAUGGGAUUGGGAUUGGGAUUUGUUGGGUAAAGGGGGUACGGAAAAUGGAAGGAGAUGGGACGGGAACGAGGGUUGGGAAGGGACGGAGAGGGAUACGGAAUAUUUGCAAUCCAUCUUACUUGCUUGUCGAUUGUCGCAGAUUUUUUGACACUGCCUCUGGGCUGGUCUUAUGAAUUUCAGGGCCC